AUGACAAGUUAAGUUAAUGGCAUUACUCAAGUCAAGAAAAUAGGAAAUAACAAUAUCUCUGUUGGGCUAUCUUAAGAAUUAAAUAUAAGUACAUAAAGUGCUCGAUCUAAAUCAUUAAAUCGAGGAAUUAGAUAGAAAGAAUUCUAGAGAAUAACAAAUGAGAAUGAAUAGUUAUUAAGGAGACUUUAAGAUAGACAAUCUUUCUACAAUGUUUUCUAAUGGGAGAUUGAUCGCAAAAAGCAAGAAUAAAUUCUAAAGAAAUUAUGCUAUUACCCUCCUAAUUUCUUUAGAAAAUCAAAAAAUAAAAGCAAACGACUAGGUUUAUCAUUACUUGGUGCUGAUCCUAACCAAGAAAUAUUUUAAUAUUACUAGACUAAUUUCAAGCAAAGUAUGCCUAUGCUAGAGCCAAUUGAUGAUUCAGAGGAAAAAAUAGAUGAAGAAAACAAGCUAACUCAGAGCAAUAAUAUUCUACCAUAAUUAGGAGGAGAAAGAAAAAGUUCAGCAAAUGUAAAAGAAAUAAGUGACGCUAAUAGAUCUUAUGUAGAUAUGAAUGGAGAAAAAAUCACACAGAUUCCUUAUUCAGCCCAACCUUAAAAGCAAGACUAUCGCUAGUCAUUUUCAAGAGAUGAUAAUGGAAAUCUUAAAAUAGCUAAUAUAUCCAAUAAUGGAUUUAAUAGGCAGAUGAUUCAGACUCAAGGCAAUUAAAUGUAAAAGAACCUUUCCUUUUCUGUAGUAAACAACAAGAAAAAUUUCACUUCUUAGCCUAGAAAUGAUUUGAAUCAGAGUCCCACAACCUAAAAUGCUAAUAAAUCUUUUAAUCUUGUAGCUAGAAAGAGACCUCCUCCUUUAAAUAUUGGUUAUAAUGAGAUGGGCAUUGAUUAAUUUAGAUAAGUUCUCUAUAGAAAUUUUCAUUAAGUCGAUUAGCAGAUUUACCUAGUUGAAAUUUCAAGAAACGCUAGAAAAGUGUUCAUCCUAAUAUUCCCUAACUUUGAAUAGCCUGAUGUAUAUCAGUAUUGUGUUCUAGCUGAAAAGUAAGCUUAGAGAUUAAUGAGUGAAAGUAAUAACAUGUUUGAAGAGUUUGUAAAAAGAUUCUAUCUAAGAUAUGGAAAACUUUAAAUAGAUGGUUUCCAUACAAAACCAGCUAACCCCAAUAGCUCUAAAAUAUUAAGAGAUGACAGUAGAUAGAUAAAAAGUGUAAGUCCAAUAAGAAAUAGAGGUUCUUCUUAAUAAAGUAUUUUUAAUGUAAAUCCAAGGGUGAAGAACGCUUAUGGAUUUAUGCCUCUAGACUAAGAUUAGCAGAGAUCAUCAUAAUAUGAAAAAUAAGAUUUAGAUAAUGAUAAUAUGUCUAUCAAAAUACAAAAUGCACAAGAUUAUUAGGAAAGUUAAAGUUUCAUUCAAAAAUAAGAUCUAAGCUUUGAGACUCGAUAGAAUCAUGAAGAAAAUCAAGCAGAUGGUUUGGAAAAUCGAGCCUAAAGCAAACUUUAAUUUCUAAGUACAUUUAAUAAAUAGAGUAAUUAUGCUAAUCAUAAAGCCAAUCAAAGUUAGGAGAAUGAGGAAGAUUAUGAAAAUGAGAACUAAUAAGAAAAUGAAGUAAUUUAAAGAAACUUAUAAAACAUGCAUCCUAAUCAUAAUGAAGAUUAAGAUGGUGUGACGCACUCGUAUUAAAUUGAAGACACAAAGUCCUCUCUCAUGGUACGAAAGAAAAGAAUUAAUACCUUAGUUGAGGACUAGAAAUCUUAAAUAUCUAGAUCAAGUUCUAAUUCCAAACAGCAAUUCAAUAGAUAUGAUGGCGAUUCAAAAGAUCGUUCUGUUUCAGUUCUGCAAAAUAGCAAGCAAACAUACGUUAUACCACUAGAUGAUAAUGAAAACUACUAGCAAGAUUUCGAAUGA